AUGAAGGCGGUCAAGAAGGUCCUCCCCGCGCAGCGGCCUCACUGGGUCGGCAACGGUUUCCACGUCUUCCCGGUGUUUGCGCACUACGCCUUCUCGAACGAGCUCUCUCCGUGGCUCAUGUUUGACUAUGCCGCGCCAAAGCACUUUGAGCCGACGGCAAAGCGGCUCGGCGUCGGACAGCACCCGCACCGUGGCUUUGAGACGGUGACCAUCGCGUGGCAGGGCGAGGUCGAGCACUCCGACUCGGUGGGCAACAAUGAUGUCAUUGGCGCUGGAGACGUGCAGUGGAUGACGGCGGGGAGAGGCGCGACAUUCGCAAGCCGAGCGCAGCUGUGGAUCAACCUGCCCCAGGCGCAAAAGAUGCACGCGCCGCGCUACCAGCCCCUCCUCGCCUCGCGCAUCCCGACCGUGCCUCUCUCGGCGGCGGGCGAGCCGGUCGAGCUCGCCUUGCCGGAGGGCCACAACGCGAUCGUAUUCGUGCGGCGCGGCGGGGUGCGGGUCGGCGCCGAGGGCCAGGAGGAGGAGGUGGGGCCUCAGGCGGUCGCACUGAUGCAGCGGGAGGGACGCACGCUGCGGCUGGCCGCCACGGAGGCAGGCUCGCAGCUGCUGCUGCUCGGCGGUGCGCCGCUCGACGAGCCCAUCGCCGCGCGAGGCCCUUUUGUGAUGAACACGGACGCCGAGAUCGCGCAGGCGAAUGCCGAUUUCCGCUCGGGAAAGAUGGGCCGCUGAUGGCGCCUGUGAACCCACUUUGGGCGGUCUACAGAUGCGGGACUGGUGACGGGAGGAGGCAGCCUGUCCGCAACUAGCGCCGCCCCCCCCCCUCCCUCUUGCGUCCACAGACUCAUCGUUUCUUCCCAGUGAGCCACAGUUGACAGUUCUGCUGCGCGCGAAUUGGUUGUCCACUAGCUCUGCCUCAUGAGUCAUGUGGUGGAGCGAGAGUCGGAGAGUCGGAGAGAGUUGACGACCUUGUGCGGACGCCCCCGCGACAUGUCGGCGGUCGGGUCGCGUCUGGUGUGUCCUCUCUUCCUGUACCUUUGCAGGCCAUCUGUGAUCUGUGAUCUGAUUUAAACUUGCUAUUUGGGUCCCA